AUGGCCCAGGAGCGUCCUGCCGCGGGCCUGGAGCCCCAGCAGGUCCAGCGACUGCUGCUCACCUGCCAGGAGGCCAAGAAGUCGGCCUACUGCCCCUACAGCCACUUCCCCGUGGGGGCGGCCCUCCUGACCCGGGACGGGAGGAUCUUCUCGGGGUGCAACGUAGAAAAUGCCUGCUACACCUUGGGUGUCUGCGCAGAGCGGACGGCCAUCCAGAAGGCCAUCUCAGAAGGGUACAAAGACUUCAGGGCAAUUGCUAUCGCCAGUGACUUGCAAGAUGAUUUUAUCUCACCAUGUGGGGCCUGCAGGCAAGUCAUGAGAGAGUUUGGCUGCACCUGGGCCGUCUACAUGACCAAGCCCGACGGCACGUACAUGAUGAAGACGGUCCAGGAGUUACUGCCGGUCUCCUUUGGGCCCGAGGACCUGCAGAAGACCCAGUGAAGGCCAGAGAACACCCACCGCCGGGGAGAGCCUGGAUCCCGACACGUACUUGCAGGGACAGCCGCGAGGAGAACUUCGUGAAGAUGUUGUCACAGACCUGGGGACACCUGCCGACUGGACCCCUGUCCUACAGGGAUGAGGCAGAGAGGACUUUUCCACAUUACACUCAAACACCGAAUCUCCAACCCGAGUGAUAAAGGUUCCACUCCGGCCUGGGCCGGAGCCCCUCCUUCCAGCCCACCUCGUCCCUUCUCGGGACAAGAGCAACAUCCCUCCUUCCUCCGAAUCCUCUUUAAAAUUCCAGCUGAGGGCCUCGCCGGUGGCGCAGCAGUUGAACGCUGGGCUGCGAAGCUGUCCACAGCUUCUGCA